GUAGACAGAAUUAAGGGAGUAAGUAGAAUGCUGCAGAAUGGAGGGAUCAGUGAGUAGUAGACAGAAUUAAGGGAGUAAGUAGAAUGCUGCAGAAUGGAGGGAGUAGGGAGCAGACAGAACGCUGCAGAAUGGAAUCAGGACAAAGGGAGGUGAUCAGAGAGUAGGCAGUGGGAGGAGGGAGCUGGGCUGAGGGGCUUGAUGGAAGACAAAAUGUGCUGCAGCCCGGAACAAUCAUUUAGAAGUAGGCAGUACGUAUUUAGAGUUUCACUGGAGGAGAGUAAAUCAUUUUUAGUAACAGAUAUUUUAGACUGGAGGUGGAGCAAAACACACUUUCAGUUUGCACCCAAAUGUCCUAAAAUGGACACCGUAUUAGUCUUCCACUAUACAAGCCCCACCUUCGCCUGUCACAUGAACAGCAUCUAACAUGGCUGCUCCCAGACUGCUGCAGAAUGCCAAGGUUUUACCCCCUAUCUUGUGCAGAGUUUCUCGUGAUAGUUCUUCUUCUGCCUCUUCAUCCCUCACUAAGCACCGGGUCUUGCACUACCUCUACAACCGUUUCUAUGAUAUCGAAGCCAUAAUAAACUGGAGUGUUCGCUUCAAGCAGUGGAACGUGCGCAGAAAGAAUGCGCAUUAUGCCUACACCGAGAGGGAAUAUGGCAAAUAUGCGGCUGCUUCAUAUUACACCUUGUCUCAGAAAGGAGGAGUCAGGUUUCAGGGACAAAAGGACUGGUACAGGGCAAAUAGGCGUGGAAAGUUCAGUUGGAACUUCUUGGAACACAGGGAAUUGCCUGUAGAAUGUAUCGACCUUAGCCGUUCACCACUGACUUACAGAGGUUUAGACAACAUAGUGGCCCUUAAGGAGUUACGGGAGCUAUAUCUCAACAAUUGUCCACACUUGGAUGACUGGGCCUUAAGCCGACUACACGUGUUUAAAGAUUCAUUGGAGGUGCUGUCUCUUGCUGGAUGUCCCUCUAUCACAGAAAAGGGUCUGGCCACCCUGCAUCACUUACAGAAUCUGAGGUACCUGGAUGUGUCUGAUCUUCCAUCCGUGACCAAUAAAGGCUUAAUCCGUAUACUCAUGGAGGAAGUACUUCCCAAGUGUGAAAUAGUUGGCAUAGAUUAUUCAGAUGCAGAUCAGGAGAAGAGCUCCCACACUGAGCUACAUCACUGAACAGGUGAGGGGCAAGAGUGGUGAACACUCCUCAUUACAUAUCUGCCGAAGUAUCCAGGAGAUAUUUGAUUGGCCAUCAAACCACAACCCCAAUUUCAGAAAAAGUGUGACAUAUUUUCCUGAGCAGUAGAAGACGAGUUCAGUAUAUCAUUUGGGAAUGAUUUGAUAAAGUGGAUCAUUCAGACGCGUGUAGCAUUUACAGAUACUUGACUUGUGUGAAAUAUAAGAGGAAUCAUUACUGUUCCGUUUAAAUAGAGCAGAAAGAAGCUAAAAGAAGACAUACGGAAAGUGGAGAGAAGAGGGAAAAGAGAAGACAUCAGAUCAGAGCUCAAAAGACAAAAAAUAUAUCGAGGAGCAGUUAAAAAAAGAUAACGGGGAGAACAGCUGAAGAGAAGAUAGGUGAAGAAACAGGAAAGAAGAUGAAGCAUAAGCUGAAAAUAACUUAGAAAAAUGGCUGGAGGGAGCCAGAGAAGGCAACAGAAAAUUAAAGAAACGCAAUAAAGGUUUGAAACACCUGAAACGAAGGUUAAAAAAAAAAAUAAAGUAAUAAAAA